AUAGGAGACGCAUAGAAUUCUUAGAGAACGGUUGGUGUUGGAUUGUCCUUGCAUCGAGUUCGCGGAAGUAGUAAGCCCCCGUUGAUCAUCCCGUUCUAAGUAACAUUGAAAUCGUUUACUCGCGAAAACAGGAAACCAUUCUUCAACUCUCACCGCCUGCUGACCUCAGUCCAAGUUAUGAACUAGCUCUUCAAUCAUUUACUCAAGCUUGCGGAUCUCCUGCUUCCAUUUCCAGCGUCAUUGAUGCCGCCCCUCAUCCCAUGAAAUUAUUGGCUGCACUAUACUUUGGCGCUGUUAAGGAAAACUUACCUGCCAGCUUCACCCUAAAUGAACAAGAAUCAUUAGUCUGGCAAUGCCACAGGCGUGAUCAUGCAAUGGAUUUUCUUAAGGCAGUUCCUAUCAGUGGACUGAACCAAACUGUCGCACCAAGACAAUUCCAAUCCAUCCUUAAAUACUGGCUUGCCAUACCCUUCUUUGAGGAAGAUAGCAGGUGUUCGAUGUGUAACAGGCCGAUGGAUAUCUAUGCCGACCAUGCAGUCCACUGUGCAAGUGAAGUGGGUUCAAAAUUCAGACAUGACAUGGUUCGUGAUGCUCUUCUUGACAUAUGCUACAGGUCAGGUGUUGUUGCACGUAAAGAAGUCUCUUUAGGGUUUCUUUCAAACUCUGACAAGGAACUUAAACCGGCUGAUAUCAUGGUCCAUAAUUGGGAAGACGACAAAGAUGUGUGCUUUGAUGUGACCGGAAUUUCGCCUUUCACUACCUCCAGAACUCGUAACACUCCUCCGGGCCAAGCCAUCAUCGCUGCAGUGAGUCGUAAGCGUACAAAAUACUUACAUAAGUGUAUGACACUUGGUUACGGUUUCCAGGCACUAGCUUUUUCCACCAUGGGAGAAUUGGGAGAUGACUUAGUUUUAUUUCUUAAGAGGUUGAGCAACUGCCUAGUUAGUCACGAUGUUAAUCACAAAAUAGGCAAUUCUUUGUUCCAUAGGCUAGGUAUUAUUAUUCAAAAAGGUGUUGGCGCCCAGCUUGUCGCCCGGUUGCCUUCUAUCGACUUGUAA